GCCGCGGAAGCUGCCAAAGAGAAAGGGGAAGAGGCGACAGGGGCUAAGCAGAUGUCCCCUGAAGACAUCGAAGCAGAAGAGAGGGCGAAACGCAUCGCAGAACACAACGUGCGUACGUGAGGUGGCCAUCGACUCACCAUAACAUGCGCACACACAUCUCCUUCACGUAUGUCUGCAGAGGAAACAUGCUGCCGAGAUAGCCGAGAGGGAGGCGCGAAAGCGAAAGGAGAAGGAGGAAGAAGAGGCCAAGAAGCGGGUACAUGUACACACAUACAACAACAAACGCAGAUACAGGAACACACAUCAACCCUUCCAGCGAUGUUCGCCCACGUGUGUGUGUGUGUGUGUGUGCGUGUGGUUCAGGAGAUCCGUGCGAAGCAAGAGGCGAACCGUGACACCGUCACAGCAUCGGAUCGCUUCAAGCGCCUCCAGCAGCAACGGCAGCAGGAUGAAGACGAAGACGAAGAGGAGGACGUGAGCACUCUGACAGACACAGAGAGGCAUGAUGACAGAGACACAGACAUGCCUGCUCUCCUGUGGUGUGCGUCUGUGUGUGUGUUUCUGUGUCAGACGGACGAUUGGGACGAUUAGGACUGACACUUUCGAUGGGAUGGAUCCUUCGAUGGAGACCGGUCAUGAGCGGUGACAAAUUGAAUGCAUAUGAGGGAGUGAGAGUGUGUUCGUUGGUUGCAAUUGGUUUGUCGGUCGAUUCAUGAAUUAGAUGAUGAUCAGCCUUUAUUCAUAGUGCAACAAAUACAUACACACAAGGCAUAUGUGUCUCGAC